GAGCUGGUCUCCAUGGCGACGGCGAAGGCCGCGUCGUUUACAAAGGGCCCGAGGCUCACGCGCAGUCUCGCUUCCGGCGCAGGCGGUAGCCCCGAUGGCGACUUACAAGGCCGCCGACUCCAAGAGGGAGCAGUUCCGCCGCUACCUGGAGAAGUCCGGAGUGAUGGACACCCUCACCAAAGUCCUGGUGGCCUUGUACGAGGAGCCCGAGAAGCCCAACUGUGCCUUGGACUUUCUGAAACACCACUUGGGAGCGGCCCCUCCAGAAAACCCUGAAGUGGAGGCACUUCGCUUGGAAGUAGCAGAGAUGAAAGAGAAGUAUGAAGCUGUACUGGAAGAAAAUAAAAAACUAAAAGCAAAGCUUGCUCAGUAUGAACCACCUCAGGAAGAAAAGCGUGGGGAAUAGGCUCCUUUUGUACUACUUGAAUAAAAGACUCUGAAGCACA